AUGAAGUCCAUUACCACGUUUCUAGUAGCUUCCGCGACCGUCAUGGGCGCAAUGGCUGUACCUGGUGAAUACCACAAGCGACACGACAAACGCGAUACCAUCACCUCCAGCGCGACAGGUACCAGCGGUGGAUACUACUACCAAUUCUGGACCAAUGGCGGUGGUACCGUUGAAUAUACCAAUGGCGACUCGGGCGAGUACAGCGUCACCUGGGAAGACUGUGGGGACUUCACAUCCGGCAAGGGAUGGCCAACUGGUAGCGACCGCGACAUUACCUUCGAAGGAAGCUUCGAGCCUUCUGGAAACGCAUACCUUUCCGUUUAUGGUUGGACCACUAGCCCACUAGUCGAGUACUAUAUCCUCGAGAACUACGGCGAUUACAACCCCGGUAGUUCGAUGACAUAUAAGGGAACUGUUACCAGUGAUGGAUCUGUUUAUGAUAUCUACGAGCACCAGCAGGUUGACCAGCCCUCUGUCAGCGGUACCGCAACUUUCAACCAAUACUGGUCGAUUCGUCAGGAUACCCGGUCAAGUGGCACUGUUACCACAGCCAAUCACUUCAAUGCUUGGGCCGAUCUUGGCAUGGAUCUUGGUACGAGCUUCAACUACCAGAUUGUCUCUACUGAAGGUUAUGAGAGCAGUGGUUCAUCCACAAUCACUGUGUCCUAA